UAGACUCCGCGCAUACGUCCCGCCCGAAGGUCCCACCUUCCGUCACGCGUCUCUCCCGCAACGCUUCUUGUUCUGCGCGCCGCGUGGGCCUAGGGAUUCACUCCGCGUCCGCGCCCUCGCCCUCCGAGCUUGGCUCAGGCUCUGUCUCGCUUGGCCGAGUCGUUCUCUAGCAUGGUAGACUCGGUUGCCCAGCAGUCCAGGCCCUCGGUCACAUGGAACCUGGGCUCGCCAUCAGUUUUAUCGGCCUCCCAGGCGACCACCAGUUCCGGCACCACCCCGACCUGGGCCCCCCGGCACGUUAGAUUCAUCAGCCAACCCGAAAUCCACGUAGCGACCCAGCCGCAGAUCUGCUUCCUGCGGCCGCGGACCGCGCAGCAGCCGGUGCUCUUCAGGUUCGGUCCCGGUGCCCAGGGCUACAGACCCCCGUUCCUCCAGCGGCCCUUGGGACCUCGGCCUUGGUUCCCCCAGUGCCCCGAGCACUUCAGAGCCGGCCUAAUGAAUUCUAGUGAAGCAGCGGUGAAAAAGUUUUUACCCAAGAGUAACUUAUCUCGGGUGAUUAUUCGUGACAACCUCAGUGCACAACGAAUCUAUGAGAUGGAGAUAAGAGCCUCAGACAAGACCAAGAGAAAGAUGAGCCAUUUGUAUGACCACCUGAAGAAAAAGUUCAUGACAGACCAGCUCAGGAAGCUGGGGCGCUGGAGACGGGAAUCCAUGACCAUCCAGCAGUACCUGGAUAGCAUCCGCCUAUACAAGGUCCACUUCAAACUCCAGCGUAACAAGAAAAGCCAGCCACCCUAGUCAAGGCGGAAUGAUCUGUCCCCCAGGUCAUGACGAUGAGAGGCUGUGGGCGGUGGUGGCAGAAAUCGCCCACCUACACCACUGUAGAACUACAAUAAAAUGAGACCAGCGGACCGUGGAGCGCAAAAGCCCUCAGCAAGUGUAAUACUCCUUGCCCUGCCCCACCACUCCAUCUGUUCUGGUGAAGGCGAUGCUGACAGUCCUGUAGCUGCCUGAUUGGGAGGAGGCCCAUUCGAGCCUGGGCUUCCAAGGUUAAGGCCAAGAUUGAGCUUUGGUACCCAUGUGUCUGAAGUGAAAUACCAGGCCAACUGUCCUGGGACAGGGUGUAGUACCUUAGAUGGGAAGGAUUCAGUAGUGCAACUGGCUAGUGGCGAGGGGUCAAGGUGAGACAUUGGACAGAACUAGGUUCAGUGCUCUAUCUGCCACCCAUCAGCUGUGUGACUUUGUAACCUCUCUGAGCCUCUGGUUCCUUAUCUAAAAGAGUGGGGUGGUAGUGAGGGAACUUGCCUCCUGGAGCCGGUGGGAGGAUGUGGAGUGCAUGGGCCAGGUCCCUUUGUUGCAGAUGGCUCUUAUCCUGAUGGCUCCCGAUGGCUUCGGCCUUGCCAGUCCCCACUUCCUGGCCUGCCUGCUGUCCCGACUACACCCUGACAGUCCCCACGUUGUCCCUUUAUAUGCACAGGCCCCUCACCCAGCAUACCCCUUCAGCCCCCCAGGGCUCUCAGGAAACUCUUCAUUCUUCAAAGUUUAUCUCAAUGCCAUUUUCUGCACAACUUUUUGGAUCUCCUUCUGCUUCCUGCCUGCCCUUCCACCAGCCUCCCCUGCCUUUGUCACAUGGGUUUCCUCUCCCCUCUGAACUUGGAUUUCCCAGGGUGGCUUCGUUCUGCCUUGUGUGGUACCCAUUUGGGCAUUUGUCCUAGCCCCUAAUUAGAUGGUACAGUCUUUGAGAGCAGGGACCAAGGAUCCUCCAAGAUCCAGUCCAGGCCUCUCCCAGGACACUUCCCCCACCAAGCCUCAGUAGAAAAGGGCACUCCUUGCUGUGCCCACACCUCUGUCUGCACCGAGUUUGUGGUUCGCCAUUUCUUGUUUGCUCAAUGUCUCCCUGACAAUGUGAAUGUCUUAAUGGUGAGGAUGCCGACUUACUCAUCUGUAACCAC